AUGGAUGAGGCUGAUAAACCAAAGACAGCUUUUGUCACAAGAAAUGGCCUAUUUCAAUUUUCAGUAAUGCCCUUUGGACUUUGUAACAGUCCAGCAACUUUUGAGAGACUGAUGAAGACGGUUCUUGCUGGACAUGGCGUUCAUACCAAACCUCAGAAAAUAGCAGUGGUAAAAGACUGGUCUGUUCCCAUAGAUGCAAGCGAAGUGCGUUCAUUUGUGGGUCUUUGCAGUUAUAACAGGAGAUUUAUUGUAGGUUUCUCCUCACUAGCUAAACCAUUAUUUAGGUUGACUGAGAAAGGCCGAGUUUUCAAUUGGACAUUGGAGUGUCAGGAGGCUUUCGAAAAGCUUAAGCACCAUUUAGUCACUGCUCCCAUUCUUGCACAUCCUAACUUCUCAUUGCCUUUUAUUUUAGACACAGACGCAAGUCAAGUGGGUCUCGGUGCAGUCCUUUCUCAAGAAAUAGAUAGUGAAGUUAGAGGAAAUGAUCAGGAUGAUGAUCCUAAAACAGAAACUGUACAGGCAGUUGAGAAAACAUUGGCUGGAAAUGGACUUACGAUUGAAGAACUCCAAGAGCAAGAUUCAGACAUAGCAAAAAUAAAUAGCUGGGUGUCAUCUCAGAAGCGGCCAGAGUUUGCAGAAAUAAAGGCUGAAAGUAAUGUUGUGAAGUCGCUAUGGUCACAAUGGAAUACAUUAGAGAUCAAUAAUGAUAAUGAUGUCCGUAGCUAUGUGACUGGAUGUCCACAAUGCAGAAAACGAAAAUCUCGUUCUGCUGGAAAAUCAUACAUGCAGUUAGAUCAAACUGAGUUUCCCUUAGAACGGGUAGCCACAAAUAUUAUGGGGCCACUACCUGAAACCGAGAAAGGUCAUAAGUAUAUUCAAGUCAUAUCUGACUACUUUACUAAGUGGACAGAGGCCUUUCCUCUGAAAAACAUAGAAGCACAGACAGUUGCUGAAGUCAUAGUAGAACAGUUUGUUAGUAAGCUUGGUAUCCCAGAAAUAAUACAGUGA